CGUAUACAGUUGUUAAAUCAUAUUUUACAUCGCUAUGCAUUUCAAAGUGACAUACACCACAUGGCUGGUAGCCACACUAUUCAUAAGUCAAACUAUAUGCGACGAUAAAGCGUCUGGCGACGGUCACGGCAGUGGCGGUGGUAGUGCUGGUGGUGGCAGUGGCGGUAGUGGCGGCGGUCAUGGAGGCAGUAGUGGUGGCGGUGGUAGUGGCGGCGGUCACGGAGGCGGUAGUGGUGGAGGUAGUGGCGGCGAUCAUGGAGGCGGUAGUGGUGGAGGUAGUGGCGGUGUCGCAAUCGGAAUGGGUAACAUGUCUUUUGGUAUGAACGGGAUGUCGGGAAUACAACUACCAUUCCCGUUUUUCCCUCCGUUCGGAUGUGACACGAUAUGCCAACCAAUCCAAUUGCAAGUAUUUCAACAACAACAAGUACAAGAAGUGGUGACAAAAGCUACGCCGACGACCCAGGCGCCAACCACACACCCUCCGACGACCAUGCCACCACCGAAAUCUACAACACCAGUACAAAGGCCGUCACCAACGACCACGACAUACACCUCGCAAACGAUCAUUAUGUACCCUAACUGGUGCCAAGGCUGGUGCAAAUUUUUCUACCAACCACCACCGCAGCCGGUAUAUUAUCAGCCGAACUGUCUACUAUUUUCUUGGAUGGGUUUAGGAUCGGGGAUGGCCAUGGGAAUGCCAACCACCGCACACUCGUGAGACUUACCACAGAUUUUAUCGUGUACUUGCGUAUAAUAUUUAUUAUUAUGAUAU